AUGAAAACAAAUAAAUUUAGAAGAGUAUAAGUAAAGAAUGGAGAUUAUGGAAUUAAUUUGACUCUAAAAGAUGAAAUUAAGACUGAUUUAGGUGGAUAGAUUAUGUAUUAUACAGUACAAGAAAAUACAAAUUAAGUCGUCAAGCUGAUGAAUCUUAGCGAUGAAAAUAAUUAUAAUCUGUUUUAGCAGGAAGUAUUUGCUUGGAAUAGAAUGAAAGAAGAAAAGCCCAAUAUUCCUAUUAAGCAGACCAAAGAAGGGAAGUAUGACUAGUUUCCGAAUAUAGUAGAUACUAAAGCAGCCUUUAGGAUGAUAUUAAAGGAUACAGAAUUUGGAAUAUUUGUUAUGGAGCAUUGUCCAAAAGGAAGUUUAGAUUCUAUUUGCAUCAGACUUCCUUCGUAUGCUUUAAAAGAGAUCUAAAUAAUGCGUAUAAUUAGAGAUAUUUUAUAAGGAGUUUAGUAUUUACACAUGAGGCAAAACCCUUUAAUUCACCGUAAUUUAACCAUGCAAAAUAUCCUUUUAGGAGAAGAUAAUAAUUAUAAAAUCACUAACUUUUCGUAUGUCACUACUCAUAGAAUAUAAAACGAUGAUUUCGCUUCUUUACAAAAUGAAAUUAAGAAAAAUACUACUGAAGGAUAUAGAGCACCUGAGCAAAUUCAUUUGUAAAGUGGCUAUCCUAUCAAUGAAAAGGUAGACAUAUUUGCUGUGGGUGUUAUACUCUAUAUUCUUUGCUUUAACAAAAAACCUUUUCAAAAUUAAAUAUCAGUACUCAAUGAAUAAGUCGAUAUACCAGAUUUUCCUAAGUAUUCAGCUAAUGUUAAUACUGUUCUCUAGAGGAUGUUGUGUAGAGAUCCUAAUUAGCGAGCAAAUAGCUCAGAAUUACUUUCGUUUGUGCUUCAAGCAUGGCCAGAUUUAAAAAUUUUGCAGUCAAAAACAGGACUGCUGGAUACAGACAUAUUUAAGCAGGCAGCUGAAAAAGAAGUCAAGCCUACCAUGAUUAACAAAUUUAAGAAAAUGAUUACACUUAAGCUUAUAAAUAAACGAACAAAAGGUUGGAUUUUGGCAGCUCUAGAAGAAAAUGAAAAGGGACCCAAACAAAAAUAUAUGAGACUGUUGAUUAUUAAAGCAUGGUAGAAGACUGAUAAAAUUGAAAAAUUCUACGAUCAUUUUAACAUGUUUUUAACUCCAUAAAAUGUUUAAAAUACAAUUAUAGCUCUUAAAUCGCUUAUACUACUCCAUAAUUACAUCAAAAAAGGACCACCUGAAGCUUUAAGCAGUGUAGGAAAGAAAGUGUCAGCAGUUAAUGUUCUCAAAAAAAUUAUAGAAACUUGGUAAAAUAUAGAUCCAAGUGAUGACUCUAAAGACAAAAAGCGUUCUGUAUUUACAACAAAAUUAAUUAACAUGUAUUCCCAAAGACUCAAAGAAAAAAUGAACUUAUGUGUUUCUUAUUGUUCUUUAAUUGAAGGCAACUUUUCAUUGAAACCGUUCUUUGAUAAUAUGAAUAAAAACUUCAAACCAUUAACCCAUAAGCUUAUUGAGGACUUGCUAAAAUAUAUGGCCUCGCUGCUGGCAUUUUCUCAAGAAAUUUUAAGUUAGAAUUAAUUAAUGGAAAUUUAAGUUUCCCUUAUGAUUUAGCUAGUUGAUGAAAUGUAUUGCCUUCUGAGCGCUCAAACUCAUUUACUUACCGCUUUCAUUACUUCCACAAAUUACCUUUCCAAAAAUAUUGAUCGUGGAAAGCUAUUUGCUAAAGUAAAAGAUUUCAAAGUAAAUUUUGGACGUAACUUCGAAUCAGCUAAAUAAUUCUUCAGAAAGUGCUAAAAUGCUCUUUCUUAGUCAACUUAAAAAGAUUUUAUCCCAAAUAUAGAUUCAAAAGUGGUUGAAUACAUAAACAACCUUCCUUGUAUGCAAGACCUGCAAAAUGAGUUCAAUUUGUUUGAAUUUUUAAAUUAUAAAAAGAGUAUUUAUGGAAUAAAAUUGCCUUUAUCGUAUGGAGCAACUAUAUAAACAAAUAACAACCAAUCUGAAGAGAUGAAAAGAGAAAUGGAAAACGUCAUUAAAAAGCCUCCUACAAACUAAAAGUUGAUAGUAUAGUUAGAUGAUCAAAAGACAACUAGCAACAGUAAUUCAAACAGCUAAGAAACAAAGGAAAAGAAUUACGAUUUCUAAAAACAAUUCAAAAAGCGUAAUUAAUUAAUUAGGGGAGAAAAAAACUUAUUAAGCGAUUAAGAUAAUGAUGAUUAUAACAUGGAUGAGUAACAAGAAGGUUAAGGUAUUACAGACUACACUCCGACAUACAAAAAUCCAGAGCAAAAAAUUAUAUAAAACCACUUAGUAGAUACAGCUUAGAUUAUGUAAAUGAAACAAAACUAACUUAGUUAAUCAGCAAAUCUAGGUAACAUCAAUGAUGCAAAUAAGAAGAACAUACCUGUAAGACCAUCAGCUCCUACUAUUCCAAAUGCUAAAAAGAAUAAUAUUAUCAAUUAAAAUUCAAAAAGAAACUCUAAUAAUAAAGGAGACUAUUUGAUGGAAGACCAAGACGAGUUUGAUGAAGAAAACCCUAAUAUUUAAAAUAAUAAUAGUGACAGUGAUGAGUUAGAAGAUACUCAAACAAUUAAUGACAACAAUUAAAAUUAUAAUGACAUAUUAGAUUAAGAUGAUGAACAAGAGAAUUUUUAGUUGGAAUUUACUCACUAGUCUCUAAAUAAAUAGCAGUAUUCUUAAGGAGAGAUGAACUAUGAAAAGAUGCCUUCUAAUAUUGAUAAAUUUAAGAAUAUGAAUUUUAUAGAUUACAAUGAUAUGAAUAAUAAUCUUAAUAAUUAAAAUUAGAACAACUUCCAAAAUAACAACAAUAUGCUGGCUUCAAAUCCUAAUAUGAUCAAUAGCAAUCCUCUAAGCAAUAACUUAGGAGGUGUAAGCAAUAACUUUUAAGAUGAAUUCCAUGAUUUUAAUAAUUUUUAGAACUUUGGCUUGAAACACUCCUAGAGCAAUAUAUUAAAUGUGAAUAAUAAUACAACAAAUAACAGCUUUUAAAAUAAAAACUUCAAUGAUUUUAAUUUCAAUAAUUUUGAUAACUCUACUUCUGGUUUUGUGAAUAACAAUAAUGCUUAUCCUAUCAAUAAUACUAAUAAUGUUAAUGGGAAUUUUGGAAAUAUAACUUAAAAUCGUAAGACUAGUUCAAAUAUUCCUGCAAGCUAAAAUAACAAUAAUAUGGCUUUUAGUCAACCUAAUAAUAUUCAAAGAAAUAAUAACUCUGCCCAAAAAAUAAGUCCAGUCUAAAAUAACUUUGUUGAUUUCGGAUAGUACAAUAACAAUAAUAACAACAAUACACCACCUAACUAUUAAUAAAAUCCAAAUGGCCAAUAAUCUUCUGCAUAAAAAACAGGUUAAAAUCAAUAUGACUUUACAUUUUAAAACUAAAACGCAAACAACCAAUAAAAGACAGGAAAUAGAGUUUAGAUUAAAUUUGAAUUAAAAGAAAAUAAGGGAGGCUCAAUGGGAAACUCGCAGUAAUUCAAUAACCUACCUAAUCAUCAGCCUCACUCUUAAUCUUUUCAUAAUGGUACUAAUUAACAAAUGCAUAACUAACUAUAAUAAAAAUAAUAGUAAGGCAGUUUUGGAAAUUUUUAAAUGAACAGAGUUGGUUCAAGUAAUCCUUCAAAAUCACCAAACAACUAUUUCGAAGAGUUCAAUUUUGUUAAUUAAAAUAAUUAAAAUUUAAACAAUAAUGCUAAUCAAAAUGCUAACAACACUUAUAAUUUUUUCAAUUAAGGAUUUAAUAAUUAACAACAACAAUAAUUAUAGGGUGUUUAUGGCAUGAACCAGUAGCAAUAAAUUCAGAAUAAAUAGCAGGUUAACAACUUUUUCAAUCAGUAGGGUCAAUUAGGUUAAAACUAAAAAUUAAAUCAGUCCUAAUUCUAGCAAAGAACUUCUUAAUCCUUUGCUAAUAAUGCAGAAGAAUUCGAUGUUAGCGAAAUGGUAGAAAACAAUAAAGCCAUCGAAUUUACAAAUGCAGCAUCAAUUAAAAGAAAUGAUUUGAACCAACUAAAUUAAAUGAGCUCAUAGAUCAAUGCAACUAAUAACUAAGUCAACAAUGGCAAUCUAAUGAACAAAGACCCAGUCUUACAAUCAGUCAGUUCAACUUUCUCAUCAAAUAAUGAAAACUUGAUUGAAUUGAAAAACUUUAUCAUUAAUCGUGUUAAGCAUGAUCCUAAAUAGCUUAUUGUAGAUUUUCACAGUAUAACCUUUGGCAAAAAAAUUGGUUCUGGUCAUUCUGGAAAGGUCUUCUCUGGUGUGUUUAAUAGUGUAGAAGUGGCUAUCAAAGAAAUGGAAGUGAACAACCUUAAUGAAAGAAAUUAGAAAGAGUUUUAGAGAGAAAUAGAAACUCUAGUCAAAAUAUCACCUUAAAUUAACCUAGUUUCUUUGAUUGGAGUUGCCCAGAAAAAAGAUAAUUUUUAUAUUAUUACUGAACUCUGCCAUGGUGGAACUAUGUUUGAUUUACUUCACAGAAAACACAGUGUCCCAAUUCCUUGGUUGCAUAGAGUAAAAAUGUGUAAAGACAUAGCCACAGGUAUGAUUUAUCUUCAUUCAUUAGAGCCUCCUAUCAUCCACAGAGAUCUAAAAUCUUUGAAUCUUUUGCUCGAUGUUCCUUAUCAAGAAGAUUCUUUUGAUUAUCAUGUAAAAAUAGCUGAUUUUGGUUUAGCAAGAACCGAAUCAAAAGAUGAAAUGACUUAAGUGUUGGGAACUUUCCACUGGAUGGCACCAGAAGUCUUUGAUAACAAGCAAUAUACUAUAAAGGCAGAUGUUUAUUCUUAUGCAAUUGUGCUUUGGGAAUUCAUAUCAAGAAAAACUCCAUAUUAGAAGAUGAGUACUGUGGAUAUUAUGAAAAAUGUAUGUGAAGGAAAAAGACCAGGUCUCGGUCCUGAAUUCAUACCAAAAGACUGUCCCCCUUCUCUUAUCGAUUUGAUGAAAGACUGCUGGGAGUAAGACCCAAAUAAAAGACCUGAUUUCAGAGAAGUUCUAGAACGACUCGAAUAUAUUGAAAACGACUUAUAAUUAAUUAGAAAUAGAGCAUCAACAAAUUCAAGACCAGCUCCUCCUGCUGUUACAACUAUAAAUAAAUCAAUGUCAUAGUAACCACCUAAACCUCAAGGCACUUACUCUUAGCCAGCAAUUAACUAUCCCAACCAAAUGGCAGUAAAUUAAAAUAAUUAAAUGACAGUCAAUCAACCUCUAUCAGGAAGGCAGUUAAAUAAUUACCAAUAAGUUUAGCAAUCUUAAUUAUAAUAAUAAACUAACUAAUAUGGAGGAUUUGCUUAGUAAAACAUGUAAUAAUAACAGUAAAAUGUUUAGGUGUACAAAUAAUGA